UCUUCUGUCACAUUAGUACACAGUAGGGUGGGGGAAGGCUGUGUCCCCCCCCACCCACCCUGAUCAAGUCUCCCAACCAUGGACAAACAGGGCGCCACCACUACACCAGGCAAAGCAAGUGGGAUAAAACCUCCCAGUAAAAUAGCUCGUCCAUCUGGAGUGCCAUCUAGGACGUCCCCAUCGUCUGGCACUUCAAAGCCAGUUCCUCCUGAGAAGUCCCCCUCAGGGGUGACCUCCCCAACGCAAGAUGGCAACACAGACUUUCAGAUCGGUGACAGGGUCUGGGUGAAUGGCGACAAGCCCGGCUACGUUCAGUUUGUCGGGGGCACACAGUUUGCGCCUGGCCAGUGGGCGGGUAUCGUCCUGGAUGAGCCCAUUGGGAAGAAUGAUGGGUCGGUGGCAGGCGUGCGCUACUUCCAGUGUGAGGACGGGCGGGGCAUUUUCACGCGACCUUCCAAGCUAUGCAGAACUGCACUGCCAGAGAAGGAGGCGAACGGGGGGCAGGCCAGCCCGGCACAAACAGCCUCCGCAACAAGCGAGGCUACACCUGCUGUCGCUCCCUCAAAUGCUUCAGUCACUGGUAUAAAGACCAGUGGUGUACUUAACCGAAUGGUGACAUCCAGUGAGUCUGUGUCCAACCUGUCAGACCCAGACUCCAUUAAGAAGAUCAGGAGGGAGCUGAGGCUGGGCGACCGUGUUUUGGUUGGUGGUACAAAGGCCGGAGUGGUGCGGUUUCUUGGACAAACAGACUUCGCUAAGGGAGAGUGGUGUGGCGUGGAGCUGGAUGAACCUCUGGGCAAGAAUGAUGGAGCUGUAGCUGGGACUAGGUUUUUCCAAUGCUUGCCCAGGUACGGCCUCUUUGCUCCCGUCCACAAGGUGACACGGAUAGGCUUCCCCUGCACAACGCCCACCAAGGCACCGAGCUCCCGCAGGAGGUCCACUCUCAAGAGGACUCCCAGUGCUUCCUCCAUCAGCUCCCUCAGCUCCGCCACCUCCUCCAUCAGCGGCAAACCCAGCCGAGCAGGACUGCUGACUGAGACGUCUGUGCGGUACGCUCGGAAGAUUUCCAGCACCACGGCGCUGCAGGAGGCUCUGAAGGAGAAGCAGCAGCACAUUGAACAGCUGCUGGCGGAGAGGGACCUGGAGAGGUGCGAUUUCGCCAAAGCAACCAGCCGCGCAGGAGAGGUGCAACAGGAGCUGGUUGUGCUGAGGAAAGGGCGGGACCAGUAUGCAGUGGAGAUGGAGGCCAAGCUGGAUCAGUUACGUUCUCUGGUGGAGGCAGCUGAUCGAGACAAAGUGGAGCUGCUCAACCAACUAGAGGAGGAGAAGCGGAAAGUGGAGGACCUGCAGUUUUGCGUAGAGGAGGCAUGUAUCACCAAAGGAGUCCUCGAGACGCAGACCAGGCUGGAGCAUGCCCACAUAAAGGAGCUUGAGCAGAGCCUGCUUUUUGAAAAGACCAAAGCUGAAAAACUCCAGAGGGAUUUAGAGGACACUAGGGUGGCCACAGUGUCUGAGCGCUCCCGGAUCAUGGAGCUGGAGAGGGAGGUGGCGGACCUCCAGCUCAGGCUCCGGGCGUCCCAGCAGAAGGAGGAUGCUGUGUCUCUGUCCCAGCAGCAGAACAGCAGCCUCAAGGCCCAGGUUCAGUCUCAGGAGAAAAAGAUCAGUGAGCUGAGUGUCGACCUGGAAAGCAAACAGAAAGAGCUUCAGUCUGUGCUAGAAGAAAGGACUUGUUUGGAUCAGCAGCUGUCCAGUCUGAGACAAAAGCUGGAGAUUGCCGAGGAGGAGAGCAGGACUGUGGCAAAGACAAUGAAAGAGCUGGAGAAUACUGUGGAGCAGUCAAAGAAGGACCUCCAAGCUCUGAACGAGGAAAGUCAGGGCAGAGAAAUGGAUCUGAAGUCUCAGCUGACAAAGGCUACUGAGAAGCUGGAGAGAACGACUCUGUCACUGCAGCAGCUGACUAAUGAGAAGAAGACACUUGAGGCGCAGCUCGAGGCUUUGAAACAGCAGAACUCCAAAUACCAGGAGGAGCUUAGCCUGUCGAAGGAGCGGAGCAGCUCAGAAACCCAGCGGAUCGGCAUCCUCUGCAAGGAAAUCGAGGAGCUGAAGCUGGCCUCCCAGAAGUCUCCGCGUUUUGACGAGCGCAAUGAGGACAGCAACGGUCAACAGCGAGACAUGAAGAGCAGAGAAGCCAUUUUGAAUCAAGACAUGACUGGGGAUGUAGAUCUUCAGAGAUCCAUGGGAGCUUUAAUCUCUGACAAAGACAGAGAACUGGAAACUAUGAGGAACGAGAUCGCCGUACUGCGUGGAGAGAACGCCGUGGCCAAGACGCUGCAGUCGGCUGUAGAGACGCUGGAGAAGGACAAAGCUCAGCUGCAGAGUCGUGUUCACAGCCUGGAGCAAAGGCUCAUGGGAACCCAAGCCCCCGAUGGAGAGGACAGGGAGGCGCCCCCCUCAGGCGAUGCUGUGCUGCAGCAGUUGAGAGAAGAGAAAGAGUUCGCUGAGGGACAGAUCAACUUCCUGAACAGCGUAAUAGUGGACCUGCAGAGGAAGAACGAGGAGCUGAAGAUCAAGUUGAAGAAGCUCGCCCUGGCUGAGUUCAACGGGAACGACGGCACAGAUGGGUUUGACGAAGCAGUACCAAAGCGUGAAAAGAAAGCAACCCCCCGUCUCUUCUGCGACAUCUGCGACUGCUUCGACCUCCACGACACGGAGGACUGCCCCACCCAGGCUCAGAGCCCCGACUCCAUACCUCACAGCACCUACCACGGCAACCCGGCCGACGAGAGGCCCUACUGUGACAUCUGCGAGGCCUUUGGACACGCCACGGAGUCGUGCAACGACGACCAGACCUUCUAGAGCGGUUCAGUCCCUCGCUUCUCUUUAACUCCGUCUCCUGAUGCAUUUCUUACACUCCUGCUCAGCUAAGUCCCACAGAUUUUUCCACAGUGUAUUUUUAUACCGUAAUGAUGCAAAGAUCUGGUAUCAAACUGUCCCAACUUCACCCUUUCCUCAAAAAGAAAGUGUUCUGAUCGCCGUGCAGAAUGCUUUUCCAAAUAUGCUUCUUUGGUGCAAUAUUGAUGUUUAUAAUAAAUGAAAUUCGCUUCC